CACGUGAAGGCAUCACAAGUUGAGCAGCUCUCAGUUAACACACAGGCAGACUGAUGAUCCAGCUGCUGUGUAUGUGUGUGUAUGUGUAUGUGUGUGUGUGUGUGUGUGUUUGAGGGAGAGAGUGUGAGUGUGUGUACGCGCCCUGACAUGGACACAACUGGCGCUCACUGCUGAAUCUGGACUCGUUUGCGGUGUCACGGUGACAGCGGGGGGACUUCAGCCGAGCGACAAAACUUCUUCCACGGCCGCCCUCAUGUGAUAUCUCCCCCCUUCCACCACCUCCACCACCUCCACCAGCACCACCAGCCAUGUCCAAGAGCCUGAAGAAGAGGAAGCACCACUGGACCAACAAAGUCCGUGAGAGCGUCCUUUGCAGGAAUGGGGAGGGGGAGCUGGGGCUGGAGCUGAAGGGCGGCGCGGAGAAUGGACAGUUCCCGGUCGUCGGCGAGCUUCUCCCGGGCGGAGCGCCGAGCAACAGCGGCCAACUCUUCCAGGAUGAACUCCUGCUGGAAGUCAACGACACCCCGGUGGCCGGACUCACCACCAGGGACGUCCACGCUGUGGUCAAACACAGCAAAGACCCGGUCCGACUCAAGUGUGUCAAACAAGGGGGCGUGAUAGACAAGGAGCUGCGCCACUACCUCAACCUGCGCUUCCAGAAAGGCUCGGUGGACCACGAGCUGCAGCAGAUCAUCCGGGACAACCUCUACCUCCGCACUGUCCCCUGCACAACCAGGCAGCCCAAGGAAGGAGAAGUCCCCGGGGUGGAUUAUAAUUUCGUGACCGUUGACCGGUUUAUGGAAUUGGAGAAAAGUGGAGCCCUUCUAGAGAGCGGAACAUAUGAAGAUAACUUUUACGGUACCCCGAAGCCUCCGGCCGAGCCCAGCGCUCUGCUGCUAAAUGUAACGGACCAGCUGCUGCCGGGCGCCAGACCCACCUCUGAGGGCAAGAGGAAGCGUAACAAGUCGGUCAGCAACAUGGAAAAAGCCAGCAUCGAGCCCCCCGAGGAGGAGGAGGAGGAGAGACCCAUUGUCAAUGGCAACGGUGUCGCUGUCACCCCAGAGUCGAGUGAACAUGAGGACAAGAGCACGGACGCUUCGGGCGACAUCGCCCCGCAGAGCAACCCAGCGGAGGCCCCAACCGAGACGCUCAAAGACGACGGACUGUCCCCAAAAAUCACAGCAACCAAACCAGAGGAGAACGACGAGCUAGGACCACUUCCAGACAACUGGGAGAUGGCAUACACCGAGAAAGGAGAGGUCUACUUUAUAGACCACAACACCAAGACAACAUCGUGGCUGGACCCGAGGCUAGCCAAGAAGGCGAAGCCGCCCGAGGAAUGCAAAGAGGAUGAGCUUCCGUACGGCUGGGAGAAAAUCGAUGACCCCAUUUACGGCAGCUACUAUGUCGACCAUAUAAACAGAAGGACCCAGUUUGAAAACCCAGUCCUGGAGGCUAAACGGAGACUCCAGCAGCAGCAGCAGAUGCAAAGCCAGGGUCUGUCCUCACUUCCCCUUCCCACCAUCUACAGAGAGAAGCCGCUGUUCACGCGGGACCCGACUCAGCUGAAAGGCAGUUUCUUGUCCACAUCACUCCAAAAGAGCAACAUGGGCUUCGGCUUCACUAUUAUCGGAGGCGACGAGCCGGACGAAUUCCUCCAGGUCAAGAGCGUCAUCCCCGAUGGGCCCGCCGCAGCUGAUGGAAAGAUGGCCACAGGUGAUGUCAUUGUCUACAUCAACGAUGUGUGCGUCCUGGGAACCACCCACGCUGACGUGGUCAAACUCUUCCAGUCGGUGCCUAUAGGCCAAAGCGUCACCCUCGUCUUGUGCCGUGGCUACCCUCUGCCCUACGACCCGGAGGAUGCUGCCAACACCAACAACAACACCACCACCACCAUCAUCUCCCCACUGGGCAUCAUGGAGCAGCGGCCCAUCAUGGUGAACGGCAGGACGGGCUACGACAACUACCUGGACUAUCUAUCCCGCACAACGCGCUUCGUCGCUGACCCCAGUCAGGAUCAGGCCAACGUCCAGCAAUCGCUGCUCACCCCACACCCGGGUGACACCCACCUGGACGGCUCGCUUCCUCCCACCACCGGCACCACACCUCCUGAUAGCGUCUCCAUGGCGUCGUCAGGUGCAACCCAAGGGGAACUACUCACCCUGACCAUGGUGAAGGGCGUUGAUGGCUUUGGCUUCACUAUCGCGGAUAGCGCUACAGGCCAGCGGGUCAAACAAGUGCUGGAGCCUCUGGGCUGCCCGGGCCUGUGCGAGGGCGACCUGAUUGUGGAAAUUAACAAGCAACCAGUGCAGGGAUUCACACACACGCAGGUGGUAGAGCUCCUCAAGGAGUGUGGCGUCGGAGUGGAGACCUGCCUGGUGGUUCAGAGAGGCGGAACAGGUCACUAUUCACCCUGGAAGACCCCUAAGCAGGUGCUGGAGCAGUGGGAGUCCCAGCAGGGCCAGGGCAGCCCUGCUCAGACCAGCCUCUCAGCCCCCGUUAUCCCCCACAGCGCCCCCUUCCCAACCCAUCAUCUCCACAGGGCCUCGGUCCCAGACUCAGCCUCCGAGGUCUUAGCCCUGGCUAAACCAGACCCCUAUGACCUUUAUGAGAAGUCCAGGGCUAUCUUUGAGAGUAGGCAACCUGGCCAGCCAAGGACUGUUUUUCCUGUGGACUCCUCAGGACCGGAGUACCAGGACAUCGAGGUGCACCUGCGCAGACAGAAGUCCGGCUUCGGUUUCCGGGUACUGGGCGGGGACGAGGCUGGGCAGCCUGUGAGUCCGGAGACGCGUGAGAAGAUCUUGAUCGGCGCGAUCAUCGAGAAGAGUCCAGCCGACCUAGACGGACGCUUGCGGCCCGGUGAUGAGCUGCUGUUUGUGGAUGGGAUCCCAGUGGUGGGGAAGCCACACAGAUACGUGAUCGACUUGAUGCACGGGGCAGCAAGAAACGGCCAGGUGAAUCUGGUCAUCAGGAGGAGGGUACAGCCAGGUGAGUCCUGUCCAGAGAACGGACGUAGCCCCGGCUCCGUCUCCACGCAGCACAGCUCCCCCCGCAGCGACUUCACAUAUGCCAACAGCACCAUCACCACCCAGGCACCCAACACCGCUGACAGGACGACGCCCAACACACAGCCCAGUGACGUCAUCAUCAAUCGUAAGGAGAGCGAAGGCUUCGGCUUCGUCAUCAUCAGCUCGCUCAACCGGCCCGAGGCGGCUGCCACCAACACUGUGCCACAUAAAAUUGGCCGCAUCAUCGAGGGCAGCCCGGCCGACCGCUGCGGGAAGCUGAAGGUGGGAGACAGGAUCCUGGCGGUGAACAGCCAGUCCAUCGUCAACAUGCCGCACGCCGACAUCGUUAAGCUGAUCAAGGACGCGGGCCUCAGCGUCACCCUGAGGAUCAUACCGCAGGAAGAGAUCAGCAACCCCCCGUCAGCCCCCAGCUCAGAGAAGCAGAGCCCCAUGGCCCACCAGCACAGCCCCAAGAUCCAGCCGAGCUCCACCGCCCCACAGCCCAACCCGGCGGUGACAGAACCCAACGCCUCUGUCAGCCAGCCCAACCCGUCUGUCAGCCAGCCCAACCCGAUUCCCCACCAGAGCCCUGUGACCCAGCUGCCCGCCCCUCCACCUCAGACCUACACCCACGAGAGCAGUUACAGGUCAGAGGUGAAGGCGAGGCAGGAUGUCAAACCGGACAUCAGACAGCCGCCGUUCACCGAUUACAGACAGCCGCCGGUGGACUACCGGCACCCUCCUGUGGCGGACUACAGGCAGCCGCCCACGUUGGACUACAGACACCCGCCGCUGCUGGACUACAGACAGCUAGCUCCCGACGCCAGGCAGUUCACCAUCCCAGAGUACAGGAUGCCUCCGGUUCAACUCACACAGGACUUCGACUUCUUCACGGUGGAGCUUGAGAAAAGCGUGAAGGGCUUCGGAUUCAGCAUCCGCGGAGGGCGCGAGUACAAGAUGGACCUGUUUGUCCUACGGCUGGCGGAGGACGGACCGGCCAUCCGCAACGGGAGGAUGAGGGUCGGGGACCAAAUCAUCGAGAUCAACGGAGAGAGCACCCGGGACAUGACCCACGCCAGAGCCAUCGAGCUGAUCAAGUCCGGAGGCCGACGCGUUCGUCUCCUGCUGAAGAGGGGGACAGGGCAGGUCCCCGAGUACGAUAAUGCCGCCCCAUGGGAUGCUCGCCCUUCAGCCUCCCCAAGCCUGUCGGAAGUAGCCCCUCCCAUCGACAGCCUUUCCAUGUCAUCGCCCUCAUCCCAUCUGGCCCCGGCCCCCGACCCACCUCUCCUGCCGCCUCUGGACAUCCCUCGAGACGCGGUGGCAGGAGACAGCAGGAAGGAGCGUUCGAAGAGCCCCCAGAAGGCCGAGCUGCUGAGCCCAGAUCCGAACAGCCACGGGAGGAGAGCGGCUACAACCGGCGGGAGCAGCAGAGCCAAGAAGGAGGGUGGCAGGUCCACCCACAAGGGGCACAGGGUGCAGCCCACUACUGAGGGGGACGGGGGCAAGGAGGGGCUGGAGCCCAAAUCUUCCAGGAGCACCAGAGGGAGGUCCAAGGAGAGACACACUGGGGACAACCGAGAAUCCAGCGCCUCCAAGCUCCCACACACCAACGGGAACAGCAGGGAGGAUGUGGAACGUUACGGUGGCGGGCAGCAGCAGCAGGCGGAGUCGGGCCUGGGAGAGAGCCGACCCAGCCUGCCCAUCAAGAGCACCAGCAGCGGCGCAGCAGGGAGGAAGGCCACGGUCUCUCCUGGGCCUUGGAAGAUCCCCGGAUCAGACAAGCUGCCCAGCACACUGCGCACAGGAACGUCCACGUCCACGCUGAGCAGAUAACAGAGCGGCUCCGGCAGAACACAGUGGACAUCUGGACCCAAACAUCUGGAUUAAAACCACCGUCCUCACACCUUUCUGCGCUCCUUUUAAUCCCCCCCCCUCCAUUCUCCCAUAGACCACAGAGUCAAAACCAGGGGGGGGGCAGGGUGAUCUGGACCACGUGUUUUUAGAGUUUUAUUUAUGAUACUGUACUCUAAAUUAUUUUGAGAGAUAUUUUACACCCACCACCUUAAGAACUGGAAAAUCAUCCACUUUUUGAGAAGAGCAACUAGAAUGUGUGUGUGUGUGUGUGUGUGUGUGUGUGUGUGUGUGUGUAGCAUGGAGGGGAAUCAUUCGCGGGAUACAAACUUUUAUUUUGACAAACUGGUGGAGUUCCCCAAACAAAACAUGCAAAUAUAAAACAGCUGACAGGAAGCACCUGCUGGUUGCCAUUGGAUUUUUGGCACAGUGGAGUCUGUUUUAUGAACUGGAAUGUUCCAAAAAAAGAAAAAAAAAAAAGGUUUGCCUGUUUUUGAUGAAAAGCGAAUGGAAUAACGAGUGACAGCGAGGAUGAAAUCAGCAGAACUUUGCCUUAACGGAGACUGUGUGGACCUGAAUCUGUCUUGAAGAAUCUAUCAGAUGAUUAUAGACAUGGAUAUAUUAUAAUGAAUAUGAAUAUGUGGGAUCAUUUUUCUUUUUUUUUUUUUGUAAAUAAGAUAAUCUUUUAAGUGAACAGAACCUUUAGUUGCGCCGAUUGGAAAUUCUGGUCCGCUCCCAAGAGGCGGCGCGACAUGGACGAGAGCUUCCGCCGCGCCGACUCCUCUCCUCUCUUCUACACUCCCGUUCAGCCCUGUGAUUGCAGCUGGAGGUCUCGUCGGGCCCCCGGCUGCGGUUGACUGCGUGGUCUAUUUGCGCCCCGAAUUCAGCGGGGGUGUCGUGUCAAUCCAUUUUCUCUCAUUUCUGUGCUUAACGAACAAAGCAAUUCCGUGACGGCGGCAUCCAAGCCCGGACGCCGAGACUGGAGGAGGGAGCUCGCAUGGUACCGACCGAGGGGCAGAGUGCCUUAGACUGACGGGGAGGUUGGCUUUAAAGUCAGAGGUUCAACUCCAAAACACCUGAGAGGGUUCCAACCAGGCUGCUAUACGACAUCAACUUCACAGACGCAAAUAAUAAACAGUAUUUUUUCAGUGUGAUUAUAGUGAAAUGUAUGAUUUAUUUCACAAGCUGAUGUGUGAAAAUGAGUCCAUCACCAGAGGGGUUUGAUGGUUUGUGAAAAAGUGGUUCAUUCUGGGUCAUGAUAGUUUUCACUACUGAUUUCUUAAUGAGGUCUGACUCUUGAUAAUUUCCAUGAAGAAUUGCUCACAUGAGAUCAUCAGACGUCGGCUCAGAGCGGCCAAACCAAACUCAACAUGUUGAUAUGGAAUCAGUCCCACGUGUCAGGAGCUCGCUCGUCUGAUGAUCGGUUACCUGAAGAUGAAACAUUUCUUACAGUUUUUUCCAGACUGGCUGAGAUGAAGUUGCACCUGUCACAGCCGCUCACAGCUGCUGAAUCUGAUUUGUGUUUUUUUCGGGGGGAUUUUGUUCGACACUGUGUGAUAUUAAGAAGAACGUCUCUGUGCCAAAGCUCCCCGUGGAUUUUCAUUUGCUUCACUUUACACGUACCUGCCCCAGAAUCUGACUCUGUUUGAAGGCAAAUGUGCAGCAUAAAUGUACAGGUGUGCAUCUUUAUACAAGCUGAUACCUGACAGUUCACCUCGUCUGGCUCUCUUAGUUACUGUUGAUAUGUUUGCUCCAUUCCAGUAACAACAGUUGCAGAUUUACAACUUGAAAUUCCUUAUGAUUUAUGAAAAAGUGGUUCCUUUUGUUUCAGACGAGAGCAGCGUCUCACUUCUAGCUGCUAACUGACUGAUUUUGACUUUAUCAGCUACUAAAAAACAUUAGAUCAGACUGUUAUUUCAUUCUAACAGCACCAUUUAGCUCACAGCUUUUCUCGACCUGUACAUGUUAGAAAACCAGUUAGCCGGACGUGCUAACAACUGCAGCUCCACAGCAGGUGAUCACACAGGUCAGCUGAUUCCUAACACACUCGCUCCUGUGACUUAAUUCGUUUUUCAGGCUCUUUUAAAUGUUCAGAGUUGCUCAUACGGCUCCCCGACUCGCACGUCUUCGAACUUGUAGGGGGAAAUCAGAGUUUGAGAGGCCCCGCAGUGCUCACAGUGUUUAAGCUGUUACUGCACACUCGCUGCUCAGAACAGAGGAUUACACAAAAAGGUCAAUUUUCAGAUCGACGAAUCUUUUCACAGCAUCUGCAGACGUGGAAAACUCAGAGUGGUAGUUUCUCCUCGAGUCAUCACACCAGAACAAAAGUUCCCCCCCUCCUCUCUCUCUGUCUCUCUCUGCCGAGGGGAGUGCAAUCAGUGUUUAAAGCCAUUAUGUUUGCCAUUGUGAUCUGUAAUUACUCAAGGAAUAAGCAGCCUGACUUUGAGGCAGAAUCUCACACGGAGGGGUUUGGGAUGUGAAUUACUAUGUCGGAGGGAAUCGUCAGCCAGGCACAAGCAGCUUAGCCCCUCAAUCACUCGUCGAUGGUGCGCAGGGACGCUGUGACACAAAGAAAACGAAGCCCCAAAACUAAAAAAAUUCUACAUUUGUCAGACUGACGGUUAGCGUGCCACCUACAUACAGAAUCACUCUGCUCUUUGCUCCUUUAUUUUUGAGACUUCUGUUUGAAGCAGAAACUAAAAAAGAAAAUGUAGAGAAAAAAAAAGAAAAAGAAAGAAAGAAAUGUGCGUAUUUUUUGCUCAGCCUUUGCACAACUCACUGCUUUCUCCACAUCUGAGCUGUUUCCAUUGAGCCAAACUGUAAGUAGUUUUCUACAGAAACCAUAAAGAACAAAAAAAUAAAAAAAGAAGUGUGUGUGAGUGUGUGUUGCAGCAGCAGCACACACUCCACCAUGAACACCCCACCCAAAGCGGCUCAGUGUCACUGUGUAGUGUUCUAGCAGUGUGUAGACCCUGAACAAAUAUCUCUAUAAAUAUGACUCAGUGUACUAUUGAUGGUCACAAAGACUGUACGUGGAGCAACUAUUUUUAUGAAAUGCAACACUAUGGAUAUAUUAACUUUUGCAGAAAUCUUGUUUACCUGUAUGAUAUUCUGAAACGCUGUCAAAAUAAAAGAAAAUCUUGACACAUGACAGAUUUAU